AUGACAAAAAAAAGUAUAGCGUGGAAGUUCUUUGAUAUAAGCACGACUCCUCAUAUGAGUAAGUGCAAACUAUGUGAUAGUUUAGUUACGAGAGGAGGAAAAUCUUUCAAGUCUUAUGGAACUACAGCAAUGGUAAAACAUUUGCGUUUAAAGCAUUCCAAAGAGUUUGAACUUGCGGAAGAAAAAAAAAAGGUUCAAUCAUUGCCGUUUAUUUCUGAAGCCUCAGUUGCUUCAACCUCCAAUACAGUACAAAGUGACCACAGAUCUAUUCGAAUCCAUAAAAUAAUAGAAAAACUUAUCACAUUGGAUAUUCAGCCAUUUUCUAUUCUUGAAGAUAAGGGCAUUACUGGACAUUGGAUAGAUCAAACUAAAUUUUUCCAAGAAACUGCUGUUCUUCGAGUAAUUCAUUUUCCGGAAAAGCACACAGGUGUUCAUAUAAAAAAGUAUUUACAAAAAGGUUUAGAAACUUUUGAAAUCCCCUUAAGCAAUAUUCAUCUUAUUGUUACCGAUAAUGCAAGCAAUAUGAAGGCUGCAGUAAAAAACAGUGGAAUGUCAUCAAUUCCAUGCUUUAUCCAUACUUUUCAGCUAUGUAUUCAUGACUCUAUAUUUAGCCAAGAAACCAUAAAUGAAAUUUUAACUUUAUGCAGAGGAAUAACAACACAUUUUAAUCAUUCGCCAAUAGCAUGUGCAAAAUUAAAAUUAAUUCAGCAGCAGUUAAGUACUGUACCUCACAAAAUGAAACAAGAUGUUCCAACUCGCUGGAACAGUUCAUUUGAAAUGCUACAAAGGACGUUUGAACAAAAAGUUCCUUUGGCCAUCUAUGCAGCAAAAUACAUGAUAAAAUUAAACUUACUACUAAUUAUCAAUGGGGAAUAG